AUGCGUUUCUUCGUCCCCGCCCUCGUCACCCUCACCAUGAGCGCUGGCCUCGCAUCAGCCGCCAGCCUCCCCUCCACGGCCUGCUGGAACCUCCAAUCCGUCAUCCAAGGCGUCGACGUCGAGAGAUUCCUCGGCCACGCCCAGCAGGAGAUCUGCAGCAAAGGCUGCAAAGUCAAGCUAUCCGAGUACGAGCCCAAACUGCGCAACUUCGGCACUUCCGUGAUUGAAGCCGAAUCCCCCAACAUGGGCACUCAGCAUUUGAACAACAACUACAUCAGCGGGGUUGACAGCAUUGCCGACCUGGCCCGGACGCAAUGCAAAGCCGGAGAGCGCGACCUGUGCACCAUGAAUGCGUCCGAGCUGCAAUCCCUGGCGAAGUGUGUAAAGGACAGCGCGUGGAAGGUCUUCCUGAACAACGCCUUGAGCCUCUGGCCCGUUCUGACGACGAACUGUCAAACCCAGUAUGACUUCUUCUCGAACCCGGCCUUGUGGGAGGAGAAGGUCCCGACCUAUUUCCGGAAAUUUGCCGAAAACUGCGAGAACAAUUAA